AUUUUAGGAUGGUACAAUUUGUGAAACGUCAAGUUGUUGAAAAUAUUGUUUGUUGGCAUAAUUUGAUCCGUUGGAAUUUUUAAAGACGUUUGAUAACCAUUCUGCUCAAUAAUAUACGUAAUACAAGAUAUUUAUGUGUUCAUAUUUGUUGGCGUAUUAUAUUGUAAAUGGUGCAACUUUUCGUAUUGAAAUACAUUUUGUCGAGGCGCGGUUUAAAAUGAAGUUCCCGGUCUUGUAGAAAGUAGAAAUAUAAGUUAAACUUAACUGAGUAUAUUAGAACAUAACAUUUUCUCUUGACACCAAAUAUAUUGGUUCUUUUGCAGCUGGUAAUAUAGUUUCUUGGAGAUGCAUUUUGUGUUGAAUAGAAGAAACCCAUUUAUUUUGAGCCAGUGAUGGAGGACGCCGUGAGCGUCAAGUCCAGCGACUCUGUGGCCACCAGUGACGAGUACGAGAUCGUGAGCGGGGGCUCGGGGAGGGGAGGCGGGCCGCCCCUGCUGGCCAUCGCGGACGGCGGUCUGGACGACCUCCGGAGGACGCUGAAGGAGGUGCUGAGUGAGGACUGCGGGCCGGCGCGGAGGAACAUGGACCUGCCCCUAGCCUCGGUCGCGCACGCCGUCAGGAAGGUGGGGCAGAGCCAGUUCUACGAGGUGGAGGCUCCCGCCCACGACGUCGAGAAGACGGACAGCAUGAAGUACGAGGAUGACACGGUUCCAGACGUUCACCAGGACUGCACUAUUUUCGGAGGGGUGUCGUAUCUUGGCGCAGCCGCCAUCAAUGCCCCGAAGAGUGAAGGGGAGAUCCAGCGAAACAUGGCCAUCCUUAAUGAGCAAUUGUCGGAACAAGCUAUCAAGGUGUCCGUCUCUGUGCCCAGCUCUUCCGAUGGCAUUGUCGUGCUGUACGAUGCAAACACCCACAGCGUCAUGGCACGCUACGAGAUCCAUCGCAUCCUCUUUUAUGCCCGCGGCACAGUUGGCUCCAGCGAGGGGUCUUGCUUCGCCUUCACGUGGUCCCAUGGGGACACCCAGGAGUCGGCCAUCUUCCAGUGCCACGUGUUCCGCUGUGACAUUCCAGAGGCGGUGGGCCAGGUGUCAUCUUGCUUUGCCAAAGCAUUCCAGCGAGUUCCUCGUUCGAUGAUCAACUCGGUGACAUCCGCAGACUUGCCCGUACCUCCAGACAAGGAACACAUUGAGAUAUUUGUAUUCGAGGUCAGCAUGGAGAUCAAGGAAGAGGAUGGCAGGGGGGCCUUCAGCGCAGUGCCCAAGGACCGCAGCUACUUCAAGCUGCGCGUGAACCUGGAGAAGCAGCUGUGCCUGACGGUGCAGCAGGUGUCGGAGAGCGGGCGCGACCUGGAGGUGGAGCGAUGCUUCGGCGUGCUGGUCAGCCCUGGCCGCAAUGUCCGCCACAGCGACAUGCAGCUACUCGAGAUGCAGGUCUCCAUGGGUUCCGGCACGGGAGACAAGCAGUGCUACAUCAUCUCUGGUCACUGGGACCCGGCGGACCCUGCCUUCGAGUCCCUGAACGUGGAGACGGCGCGGGAUGGCCGCACCUUCAUCACGGUGGCUGUCGACCUGGUGAUCCGCGGUAUUCAGGAGCCGGUCCGUUUCCUCAUCGAGACUGCAGUGAAGGUGUUCCCUCAGAACGAGCGCUUUUGGUACUUCAGCCGUCGUCCCCUCAUCCAGCAGUUCACCUUGCAUCUGAAGGAGAUACCAUCAAAUGAUCUGACAGAAGUGCAUUACGAAGUGAUAAGCAUCGAAACCUCUGGUGAGCUGGAUCGCAACCGACUGAACCUGACGCUCAACCUUGCAAGCUUGAUACGUUCACCGAGCAUUAAUUCCAUCGACCUGGACACCCUUACCCCAAAAGAGGAGGAUGUGUCAGACGGGGACGAGCCGAUGCUGAGCGGCACAGGGGAAGUGUCGAAGGACUGCUCGGAAGGUGAGCUGGAGUCGUGGGCGGAAGUGCUGGCACGCUGGACCAGCACAAGGCAGAGGCCGCGGAAACUGACCCCCCUGGUGCUGGGCGGCAUCCCGGAGGCUCUGAGAGGGGAGGUGUGGCGGAGGCUGGCCAGCUGUGACAACGACACCCAGCUCAUGGACACCUACCGCAUCCUCAUCACCAAGGUGUGGCUCUGGGGAGGGCUCACAUUUCUAUCCAGCAUGACAAGCAGCAAGACGGAGAGCGCCUGUGAGAAUGUGAUCCAGCGGGAUAUCAACCGCACGUUCCCUGCCCACGACUUCUUCAAGGAGACCGGAGGGGUGGGGCAGGACUCUCUCUACCACAUCUCCAAGGCCUACGCUGUGUACGACUCGGAGGUCGGCUACUGCCAGGGCCUCAGCUUCCUGGCAGCCACUCUGUUGCUCCACAUGCCGGAGGAGCAAGCAUUUUGUGUGCUAGUGAAGCUCAUGUACAGUUACGGACUGCGUGACCUCUACAAGGAUGGAUUUGAGAACCUUUACAUGAGGCUGUACCAGCUCAAUAGACUUAUGGAGGAGCAACUGCCCCAGUUGUGGCAGCACUUCUCGGACAAGGGUGUGGAGUCCCACAUGUUUGCGUCACAGUGGUUCCUCACCCUCUUCACUGCGCGCUUCCCCCUCUACUUCGUGUUCCACAUCCUGGACGUGUUCCUGCUGCAAGGAGUGGACACGCUCUUCCAGGUGGCACUCGCCCUGCUCAUGAUGUGCAAGAAGGACUUGCUGUCGCUGGACUUUGAGAGUAUCCUCAAGUACUUCCGGGUGUCUCUGCCGAAGAAGUGUCGCAGCGAGGAGGUGGCUCGUCAGCUCAUGAGGAUUGCCACUAGUCUCAAAGUCAAGAAGCUCAAGAAGUAUGAGCAUGAGUUCGCUGCUCUAAAAGAGGCGCAGGACAGCGCGGAUCAGUACAACAACGAGCUGGAUCAGCUGAAGACGACCCUUGCGAGGAGCGAGGAGGAGAAAAGGAGGUUAGAGGAGGAGCUCGUGCAGGUGAAAGACAUGCUGAAGAGGGAGGUGCAGAAAGCUGAGAAUGAGGCCAGUCGAAACACUGCCAUUAUCUCAGAGUACAAGCAGAUCUGUCAGCGAUUAGACAAUGAACAAGUUGCAGCUAAAGCAGCCCUAAAUGAACUACGAGGUCAGAUCGCAGGGUGUGAGCGGUGCCGGCAGCUGCUGGCGGACGAGGUCCCUGCAGACACGGGCGACUGUGCGAAGGGCGGCUGCGAGGCGCCGGUGAGCCGGGCUCAGGAGAGGAUCCGUGAGCUGGAGCUGGAGCUGGCUCAGACCAAGCUGCAGCACGUCGAGGCAGAGUGCAAGAACCAGGACCUGGUCCACCAACUGCACUCGGCGGUGGGUGAGCUGCAGGCGGCCCGCAACUCCUGGCCUCCCUGGCUGCACAAGACACUCAGCUCCAUCAAGGAGGUGGCCAAUAAGAGGGAGCUGCCCCCCACCGCGACCCUGCGUCGAGACUCCGCCCCCUCGGGCCUGCCCCUCGAUACCGCCACCACCUAGUGGCUGGCCCUCCGUUGUCCAGAGAGCAUUUAGUGCAUUUGCACCACAACUCCACAUCUAUGCUGCAUUUAUAUUUUUCUAUUUAUUUCUCUGAAAACAGAUUUUUCUGUAAGUCAUGCAAUUUUUAGUUCUUAGUAUGUUAAUUUUUUUUGUUGUAAAUUAGGUUAAAGUUAAGCCUUUUGAAGUUUUGCAUUGUUUUUGGUUUAUUUUGUUGUCCACAGAGAAAUUUUUUUUUGCAUAACAAAAGUUCUUAGAAUUAAUGUAUAUCAAUGUAUAUCUGUAAUAUUUAUUUUUCCUAUGUUUUUGUCAAAUAUUGCAUAUGAUCCUGUAUUCCUCAGCAUAUAAGCAAUCUUGAGAAUUUUUGUAAGGCAAGUUUUAUUUAAUAGUACAUAUAUUAUUGUAGUAUAAGAUGAUCAUGUUCUAAAUUAAAUGAAAGCUUUGUUGUGUUUCACAUAUGUGUAUACAAUAAAUAGCAUUUCAAUUGUGUGCCAUAUAUAUAUAUAUAUAUAUAUAUAUAUAUAAAUGAAUGAACAUUGAUAUGAGGUGGGAAUUCUCAGCAGCAAUAGUUUUGUCUGCUAAAAUGACUGUAUUUAGGGAUGGUUGUUGAUGUACAGAGUUUUGAAUUAUGUACCUCUACACUGGCUCGAUGCCAACAUACAUGUGCAGCAAUUUAAAGUAAUGUUACUGCAAUGUUUUGUAUGGUAAAGUGAUAGUACCUUUACAGGUCAUUUUUAAAUAUAGAUAUUCUUUGAACCUCUAUUGUUGGUAUAAUUUUAUCAGUUGUUUUACGAAGCUCUUUUUAUGUGUAACAUCUUAAGCUCUCGGUAUACGGCAUUUGGUGGGAGUAAUUUCAUGAAUGCAACACAAGUCAAAGAAAGGAAAUGCGCAACAAUGGCAUGGUUGCCGUCUGUUGUGAAUAGCGCGAACCACGUUCACAAAACUAGAGGAAAGCUUUAUGGUAUUAACGGUUUAAUGAAUUUGUACAAUUUGGCAGUAUUUUAUUAUUCCUUGUAAAAAUUCAGGUUAUAAUGUUGAGGUUAGUAUUUUUUUUCGCUUUUAUCAGCAGUUUCAAUGUAUAUUUAAAAAUUUUGAUAUGCUAAUCAAAUGAUUCAAUAGUUGAUGUAGCUGCUCCAUCAGCGAAUUGUAGCGGCGGAUACCCAAACCAGAUAUGUAGUUGGAAAUACAAUUUAUGUGUAUUUAUCACGCUCAGCAUUAUUUUAAAGAAGUCUAAGUUAAAUUGUGUGUCUUGAGUUUUUUAUUAAAAGUUUAUUUGCAACAUGAGAACACUAAUUUGCUCAUUACCGAGGUUAGAUGUUGCACUGGUAAGUACUGAAAGAAUCACUCACAUUUUUUUAUAAUUCAAUUGUAUACUGUAAUACAUUCCAAUAUUGUAAAUAAAAGUACUGUGACUAGUCUUGCUUCUAUGUAGUUCUCACAUAUCAGUUAUUUUCAAGAGGUAGUUUAUGUAAAUGUGAGUUUGGAAACUGUAAAGAACUCCACAAAAAUUUCACUCAGGUACUGAGAAGCGAUUAUGUUGUUCUGAAUGCUUAUAAUAACAAGAAAAAAAAUUUUCUAUUGAGGAUUUUAAAGGUGUUUAUGUACAUAGUGAGAUAAUGUUAGAUACUCAUAACACUGGUACUUUAAUGUAAUGCUAGUCAUUGGUAAUGUGUACAGAUAUAACUGACAUAUUUUACUGUUUACACCUGCAAUAUUAUCAAUAUAAUAUAUAUAUAUUUGGCAACUGUGUAUAUUUUUUUGGUUGCAAUUUUUUGUAUUUUUUUAUUUUAUUUUUCAUUAUGGAUAAUUUUGUCCGUAAGUUAGUCCUCAAGAUUUUUUUCUUAUUUAUAAUUAUUUUUGUGUUUAUUUCAAAAAUGUAUAAUCUUAAUAUUUUUUCUAGAUCUUGUAAAUUGGAAUACUUAAGUGCUGUAUUUAUUUACGCUCCCUCUAAUCCUCACAUUUAACUAUGUUGUCUCCUUAAGUAGAAGAUAAAGUAUUUUACCAUUGCAUAGUUACUACCAGAUUUCAUUUUUAUUUGGAAUUGAAUAUGAAUACUAAAUUAUUCUCAAAUAUGAUUAUUUAAUUUGAAUAGUAAUAAUGAAGAAUUGGGAUUGCACAAAAAAUAGAUUUACAUUAUGUAAAAUAAAUGUAGGGGAAGAAAAAGUAACUAGGUUGUGUAGUGGCUUUGGGAUAUGUAUUAAACAAUUAAUACUGAAGUAAAGGUUGGUUAAAUUAAGUCAGCUAAAAUAAUAAUAAUGUAAUAAGUUUUUGAAACCAACCUCUUUUUAUGCAGCUAACCUAACCUCCUUUCUCUCAGUUUUUAAUUUUACACAACAAGAUUCUUUACUGUAGGAAUUUAUUUCACCCCGAGUAUGGAACACUAUAAAUACUGCUAGUUUAUUUUAAUGUCUACCCAAUAGAAAAAAUAAUAUUUAGUUGAAAUUUUAUCAAUUUUAUUAUCUCUGAAGGAAUUGUCUGUGAUCAUUUUAAUAGCUUGCUGUGUGCCAAGUUUGUUUACCAAACUAAAUGUUAAGUUUUCAAUCAUGAUACAGAUAACCAACCUAGAAUGAAAUUUAACUACAGUACAACCCUGUUAUAACAUUCUCCAAGAUACCAACAAAAAAAAAUGUUAUAUGCAGGAAAAUGUUAUAAGCGGGAAAUCAUCUUCACUUUGUAAAAAUUACGCGUGGAUCGAUUAGAUUAAAAAGUAUAGGUAAAACGACACAAAAUACAGGAGUAAUACACUAAGUACAGCAAUAGAGUGGAAAAUUGGUUAAUUUUAUUUAUAGAUAAUACCUAAUAAUAUGCUAAAGAAAAAAAUUGUUUUGUACGAUACAGUUCAGAGUCGAAACAGAAAUAUUCAACUCUUUUGCAAUCGCAACACGCGUUUUGUUGGGGUUCCCGUCCACUUGGUUAAUGAACUGAAUUUUUUCAGCUACAGAAUAUGAUUUUCGCUUAUACGCCAUCAUAGCCGUACAAAAACCUGAAUAAAAUUUCAAUACUGCGUAUUUUAAUUAAAUACGACCGUGACUACAAUAAGUAACAAAAAAAUAUUUACGGUAAAGGUUAACCACAAACAAAAGCCGUAAAUAUAUCCAUAGAACAGUUAACCAUUUCAAGGUGUUAAACCUUUGAAACAAAAACCAGCACCAUAGAUUACAGUAGCACUGUUUCCGACAAUGUAUCAGUGCACAAAAUGCGCAUCAUAAGUAUAAAGGAACAAGUCAUAAGCUAACAAGCGCGAACAGGACGCCAUAUUGAUAGUCGAUCCGGUGCAAGUUGUGGAGUGCGUGUGUACCAUGUCUAUGGUGAACUACACAAAUGUAAACAUCUGAUGUUUGUAUAUGCGUGCUGUAUUUUCUAGCUAUGGUUUCGCUAUAAAUUAUGACUUUGAAGGAAGGGAUACUGAAAAUUGUGGCAGUUAUCAAAGCAAAUUUGAACGUUAAAGGCGGGAAUGUAGAAAUUUUAAUAUUGUUACAGGCGGGAAAUUAAAGCAUUGUGAUAAAUGGAGAAAUGACGGGACCAUGAAAUUAUGGUGUUAUAGGCGGGAAAAUGUUAAAAACGGGAAUGUUAUAACCGGGUUGUACUGUACAUACAAGGUUUUUUGAAUGAAAAACUUAAGUGAAGAUUUUGUGUUUAAAUUUUUUUUAAUGUCACCUAUCUAUUUGUAGAAGCAAGAAAAAGUCAAAAUGAUU